GUCCUGCUCUCUGUCUGUGUCCCUUUAACGCAACAUGAGCUGCCUGUCCUGUCAAAGCUACUUCUUGUGCAAGAGCAGCUCAUGGAGUGGCAGGGUGUCCUCAGGGCAGGACUGACCUACACCAGGCGGAACAUCUCGUUAAUGUUUGGCGUAAAGUUCAACUUUCCACAGUGUCCACGCUGAGCACAUAACGGGACGGAGCACUGCGGCUUUCUUUUCAGGUGCAGGUCUCUGUCUGUCAUCAUCCUUUCCUGGAGAUCUGCUCCUUACCCUCGUGCUUCAGCUGCACCUGAAUCAACCGGAUCAGCUGUGCUGAAUCAAGGCUGGACGGUAAAGCUCUGUGCAGGAGAAGGAGAAGUGAUCACUGAUCUCACCCGAGUCUCUGAGCAUGAAGAGGAAAGGUGAAGCUCAGCUGAAUGGAGCUGCAGCUUCUGGAGCCUGUGAUGCUCCACCAGACUCCAGCUCUGUGUGUGGAGGAUGUGCGAGGAAACUGAGGAGCUGCAUCCCUGUCACUUACAAAGAGGAAAUCAGAGAGUUGCUGAAAUUAGCUGGACCUGUGUUUAUUUCACAGUUGAUGAUCUUCAUGAUCAGCUUCAUCAGCACUGUGUUUUGUGGACACUUGGGGAAAACGGAGUUAGCCGGUGUUGCUCUGGCUAUAGCUGUUAUUAAUGUCACAGGUCUGUCUGUUGGUGUGGGUUUGGCAGCCGCAUGUGACACACUGAUCUCUCAGACGUUUGGCAGUAAUAACCUGAAGCGUGUUGGGGUGAUCCUGCAGAGGGGGAUCCUCAUCCUUCUGCUGGCCUGCUUCCCCUGCUGGGCCCUCCUGAUCAACACUGAGCCCAUUCUGCUGGCUGUUAGACAGAGCUCCAGGGUGGCCAGUAUCUCACAGCUGUAUGUAAAGAUAUACAUGCCUGCUCUGCCUGCUGCUUUUAUGUACCAGUUGCAAGCAAGAUAUUUGCAGAAUCAGGGCAUAAUAUGGCCUCAGGUGAUCACAGGGGCUGCUGGAAACAUCCUGAACGCUUUGAUAAACUAUGUCUUUCUUCAUUUGCUUAAUCUGGGUGUAGCUGGCUCUGCGAUGGCAAAUUCCAUUUCUCAGUACUCCUUGGCAGUGUUUCUUUAUAUCUACAUUCAAUGGAAAGGUCUGCACAAGGCCACGUGGGACGGCUGGUCUCGUGACUGCCUGCAGGAGUGGGGUUCCUUCUUACACCUGGCCUUACCAAGCAUGCUAAUGCUGUGUGUGGAGUGGUGGACUUAUGAGAUUGGAGGAUUCCUGGCAGGUCUGAUCAGCGAGGCUGAGUUAGGGGCCCAGUCUAUUGUGUAUGAGGUGGCCACUAUUGCAUACAUGUUUCCUCUUGGCUUUGGGGUGGCAGCCAACGUGAGAGUUGGACAUGCUCUUGGAGCAGGAAACACACAACAGGCAAAACUCUCCAGCAAAGUCUCUCUGCUCUGUGGACUCAUGGUCUCGUGUGUGGUUGGUGCUUCACUAACUGGAUGCAAAGAUGUUAUUGCAUACAUCUUUACCACUGAAAUAGAAAUUGUGCACAGAGUUUCAAAAAUCAUGGUUAUGUAUGGAAUUUUCCAUCUGUUCGAUGCGGCUGCAGGUAUUACAGGCGGUAUUGUCAGAGGUGCGGGAAAGCAACUGCUUGGUGCUGUGUGUAUUAUAGCGGGCUACUAUUUUGUGGGUUUCCCGAUCGGAGUGUCACUCAUGUUUGCACUUAACAUGGGAAUAGUUGGUCUGUGGAGUGGGUUCUUUGUAUGUGUCUUCUUGCAGUCUCUUUUCUUCCUCAUUCUAAUCUACAAACUUGACUGGAAACGUGCAACUGAAGAGGCCCUAAUAAGAGCAGGCGUACAGACAGCUGAGGCCAAAGAUGAAUCCUACGCCCUAGAAAAUAAGUGUGCCGCUGAAGAUGUACCAAAGGAAGCCCAACCCAGUGAAGCAGACCAGACUGAUGUGGAGGCUAAGGGGGGAAAUGAUGAAGAGCGAGCUGCAGAGGAUGGGGUAGCAGUCCCUGUGGCUGAUGUUCUGACCACCAAGCAGCUGGUUGUUCGUCGAGGACUGACUGUUUUCCUGAUGUUACUCAUACUCGCCGGUGGGAUCACACUGAACGAGUUUCUCACACGCCUCCUCAGAUGAGCACUAUGCGAUAAAUCCACUGCCAAAAUGUUACCUUUCUCAGCAAAUAUUUUGAGAUCCAGGGAGGGCAGAAAUACUACCUGGUUUUAUGGCCCAAGGGUCAGACUCUCUCUAGGAGAAUGAAAAUAAAGAGCAAUACAAUAAGCCAAACUAAAGGCUGAUGGCAAGAGGUACCUUAGCCAGAUCAUAUGAUGUUAACUGUUUAAGUCCUUUUUUUUCUGCAACCAGUAAGUGUAUGAAUACCAAAGAAUUACAUAGCUGCGAUGCUCCAAACUGUGGAAAAAUAAGCCAAAGAAGCUGUUAAACUUGAAUUGAUUAAUUGAGUAAUUCAUGCCCAACCAUUCUCAACUGAGGCAUGAUGUGGUAUAAUCGUAGGUGUAUAAAUAUUCCAUACUAAAUUUUUCUCCAUCACAUUUUAAAUAACCAUUUGUGUUGUUAAAAUCGAAGUUUGACACUGAUUUAUAUGAUCUAUCCAGAGUCAGGCUCAGGACCAGACACUCUGAGGGACCAGAUCCUGCAUUAAGCUGCAUAAUGGGUCUGAUUAUACUGUAAGUAGGGGUGGAAGGAGAUACCAUUUCCCUUGGAUUAAUGCCUUUAUAUCACUUACGAUGUCCAUUUUCAAUAUUUAAACUCGGUCACUGAGAUAAGUCACAUGGGAUAUAUGUGUGUGUCAAACCCACAGGUUAUGCACUAGGCCCCCAUCUGAGAUAUCAAAAUACAUUCAAAUGCACACACACACAGUUCUCAGUUAUACCGAGACGUGUGUUCCAGCACUGUAGUUUCAACCUUUAGAAAUGGCAACUACAGACAGAAUGAAUUAGGUGGCAAAAAAAUGAGUCUAUAACAUUAGAGGACAUUAUAUUAAUAAAUUACACUGUUGUAUUAAUUAGACUGUUACAUUACACUGCAUUUGACUUACCUCAGAAGUGGGAAUAAAUUGGAAAUUAAUCAUUUUUGAGCUGCAAAGUAAGAAGAACAUGGACGUCUCCAUGAAAACGUGUUUAUUCAAACCAAAGCCAUGUUCAUGUGUUCUCAAGAUGAUCACAAGAUCAGAACUGAUGAGUGUCAGUGCUGUUAAUGUGAUAGUUCAGUCAGCUUUAUAUUUAAUAUAUCAGGAUGUCUCAUGAUGACUAGAAAUAAUAUAAAAUAAUACAAAUAGGUUCUACUAUCUUAUUAAAAUUGACAGUUUUUCAUGAAAACUUGAAAUGGGUACAGAGAAUAUAUGCUGUCUAGGGUAUCUUAAGCUUAAGCUACGUUUUGCCUUGAUUUUGUUGGUAAUGAUAUUUUUGAUUAAUCAAUUCAAUUUGUACAAUCUGUUAUCUCAUUAGUAAUAUAACUUCUGAUCUGUUUUCAUAGAUGGUCAUUAGCAUGCCAAGCAGAGCCUCUGUUUGAGCUGUUAAAAAGCAGUUCUAACGUUGUUACAUAACUGUAAUAAGUUUACUGCCAUUUUUGGUGAGCUGGAAAAGGAAAUAAUAGCCAAAAUGCUGAAAAACCACUGUAGAUAGCAGGAAUGAUUUUCUUCAUGUAUGUAAAAUGUAUAGCCUCUCAAAUGUGUUACUAUUUUGAUAAGAAUGGUUCUACCAAAUUGUGAGUAAUUCCAAAAAAGGGUAUUAACAUGCUUAUUAGAUGUGAAAUUAUUAAAUGGAUAAAUUUUGAAGUUCAGGAAACUGAAUUAUUCUCUUCCAUUUUGCUAAAGCUGUCCUAUGCACAAAUGAUCCCUUUUUUUAAUGACAUCUUUAUUGAAGUCAGUAUUAAACAAAAUGAAUAUUAUAACAUG